ACAUAUAUAUUUUAAUAAAAGAUAAUGUUAAUAAAAAUUUAAAGAUGAUCAAAUAGUGAAAAGUAUCACGUAAUAAAAAUAAGCCAUAUUCUAAAUUCCAAUCGGUAAGAAAAUUAGUCGUGUCAGUAGUUUUCAGCUGUUCUCAACGUGAUAACUAAAUAAGAAACAUAACAUUGAAUUAUUUCAUAACGGAGUAUUAAAUAAAAUUAUUUAAUAUCCUCUUUUUACUUUAAAUCAUUAAAUAUCUAUUUAAGUGUCUUUUUAUAUAUUUAUCAGUAAUAAAAUUAUUAAUUAUAAAAGUAAUCGUGAACUUUGAUAAAAGUUUUUAGGUUAUUUAUGCAGCUCAAUAACAAUUUACAUCAUAUUGAAUUUUUAUCAGCUGUAAGCAGCUGCUAGUGCAGAAUAAAUUAUUUUUCUUAAUUAUUAAUGAUAAAUAAAUUGAAAAAUGUUAUCGAGAAGGCUUAUAAAAUACACAACAGUAGGAGCAGUAGGUGUAGGAACUCUUGUAUCCUGGAGAGCAAAUGACUAUGACAUUGGAUCCAUAGGUAUUGUACGUCUAAGCAGAGCUGCUGUAAAAGUAUUUAUAAUAGGAUCUCAUUACAAAAAAUCACUUUACGAUAGUGGAUUAGAAAAAUCAUCACCAGAAUACGCAAAAGCUAAGUCAGAAACUCAUUCAUUUGGAGCACAAAAACUCCUGGAACUAUGCUGUGCUAAUAAAGGGGUUUAUAUAAAAAUAGGCCAACACAUAGGAGCUUUAGAUUAUUUAUUACCAUCAGAAUAUGUUACUAAAAUGCGAGUUUUACAUAGUUCAGCACCUCAAUCUUCAUUCGAAGAUGUUUUAAAAGUACUUAAAGAAGAUUUUAAAAAAGAUCCUUAUGAAAUAUUUGAAUCUAUUGAAAAAGAACCACUUGGUGCUGCUAGUUUAGCUCAAGUACACAAAGCAACGUUAAAAAAUGGUAAAGUUGUUGCCGUUAAAGUGCAACAUCGUGCUGUUAAAUCAAAUUCUUAUGUUGAUAUAAAAACAAUGGCAGCAUUAGUUAAAAUAACAUCGUGGGUAUUUCCAGAAUUUAAAUUUGAUUGGCUUGUCGAUGAGACUAAAAAAAAUAUACCACGUGAAUUAAAUUUUACAUGGGAAGGUAAAAACGCUGAAAGAUUAAGUAAUUUAUUUUCACAUUAUAAAUGGUUAAAAGUACCUAAAGUUUAUUGGGAUUUAUCAUCAUCUCGUGUAUUAACUAUGGAGUUUGUUGAAGGAGGACAAAUUAAUGAUUUAAAGUAUAUACAUGACAAUAAUAUUAAUCCAUAUGAAAUAAGUGGUAAAUUAGGUCGUUUGUACAGUCAUAUGAUAUUUGUAACGGGUUUUGUUCAUUCAGAUCCACAUCCUGGUAAUAUUCUUGUUAAAAAAAAUGUAAAUAAUGAAGCUGAACUAAUUUUACUUGAUCAUGGUUUGUAUGCAGAAUUGACUGAUGAAUUUAGAUGGUCAUAUUCAAAAUUAUGGCUUGCAAUACUUGAUCGUGAUAAAGAUGCUAUGAGAAAAUACUGCGGUCAACUUGGUGUUGAAGAUAUGUAUGGUUUAUUGGCGUGUAUGGUAUCUGGCAGAACUUGGGAUGCUGUUAUGACUGGUAUUGAAAGAACUAAAUACAGUUCUGAUGAAAAGGUACAAUUUCAAACUGAAAUACCAAAUUUAUUGCCACAAAUAAGUGAAAUAUUAGAAAGAGUUAAUCGACAAAUGUUACUUGUACUUAAAACAAAUGAUUUAAUACGUAGUAUUGAACAUACGCUAAAAACUUCAUCAAGAAUGUCUGCUUUUAUAGAAAUGUCCAAGUGCUGUGUUCACUCAGUUUACGACGAAAAGUUGAAACACAGUAAUGGAAAAUGGAAUCGAUGGGGUACAUUAAUUGCCGAACAAUUUGCAUUACUCAGAUUAUCUUUUUAUUAUGCUUAUUUAGGAAUAAUUAAUUUUAAUUUGAUCACUACUGUUGAGUCUUUAUGGACUCGUGACUUUUAUCCAUAUUAAUGAACAAAUUUUAUAGGGAACAAAUGUUUUUAUUUAUUUU